UCCCGCAGGAGAGGGGCCAGCGGGGGCUGCGCCGGGGCUCGGAGCAGCCCUGGCCGCCGAGGGGCCUGGCUUGCCUGCCCGCAGCCGGGCGGAGGGCGGAGCGCCAGGGCGGAGCGGGGAGCUGGCGGCAGGCCCCGGGCAGAGCCGCGGGGCGCUGGGCUCCAGCUGUCAGGGCGGAGGAGGAUGCUGGCGCGGCGGGCCGGGCGGCGGGAGGAGGAGCCCUAGCCGCGUCCCAGGCCAAGCGCGGCAGCGGCGGGCAGGACACAGCGCGCAGCCCGAGCCCCGGCAGGAGGAGCGCGCUGCGUCGGGGCCGCUGAGCCCAGGCAGGGGCCAUGCAGCGGGCCGGCCGGUGCUGAGCCCAGCGCGUCCCGGGCCCGGGGCUGUCCGGGCCGGGGGGAUCGGCGGGCCGGGGCCAUGCCCUGCCCGCAGUGAGCGAUGCCUUUUGGAAAUGGACACACUGGAUCACGGCGCAAACAUGGCGUCCCCUCGGCCAGGCUCCCCGUCUCCGGCUGGUGCCUGCUCUGCUGUCUGCUGUGCGGGGGGCUGGCCGCGGCCGGGGGCCCCCCCGCCCAGAGCUGCCAGCCCUGCGGCCCCAGCUGUACCUGCGCCGGCGGCAGGGCCCCGGGCUCCUGCCUGGUGAACUGCUCCUCGCGGGGGCUGGAGCAGCGCCCGGGGAUCGGCGUCCCGCCGGCAGCCACCGCUCUGGAUCUUUCCAAUAACAAGAUCACCAUUUUAGAUGUUCAGGCUUUUGAACAUCUGACUUCCCUGGAAGAACUAGAUAUAAGCCACAACAUGAUUUCUACGUUAGAAGAUGGAAUAUUUGAUAAUUUAUUUAAUUUAAGUUACAUAAACUUAAGUCUGAAUCCAUUUCUUUGUGACUGCAAACUUUCCUGGCUCCCCCGCUGGGUGGAAGAAAGAAAAGUUAACGUUAGUCGGCUGUUGGAUACUAAAUGCGCCCAGCCUCCGGAAGUGGCAAACCUUCCUCUUUUCAAUGUUUCAUUCACCAAUGUUACUUGUGGAGCGCCUUACAUAGCAUGCUUGACGGACAACACCACAGGGGCAGCCGAUUCAGUCAUCCUCUUCUCAUCCGUUCUUUCCGCAAACCUCAGCGAGGAGACCUGCAGUGCCCUCUGCUAUGCUGACGCCCAGGAAUACGGCGGCUUCAGCGACCAGGAGCAGUGUCUGUGCGGCGAGGUCCUUGAACCAAAUUCUUCCUCCGGUUGUUUGCCGUUUUGCACUGAGGACUCUGCUAGGUGGUCCUGCAGCGGCCCUUCCCUCGUCCGCUCUGUCUUCCCAGCACGGCUGCAUGCCUCUUUCACAGGUCCCCGCCGCCCCCAUGGCCUUCACCACAUGGUGGCCUUCAACGUCAGUAUUCCAGUUGCUGCCAGCACUUUACAGUGGGACUUCGGGGACCGAUCCAGGCUUCUCAACACUACCGAAAAUGCAGUGCUCCAUCAGUAUGCCUUGCCCGGGCAUUACAACGUCACCGUCACCCUCUCCGUGGGCGCCAGGGUCACCUCUGUGCAGACGGACGUCGAGGUGGUGGCUCCCCCAGAGCUGAUAGACCUGCAGUGUCCUACCCUGGUCAGGACGAACGAAAGCCUGGACCUACAGAUCAGGAACAGGGGCGGCACUGGCCUAGCAGCUGUGUAUAGUAUUACUGCAGAGAAUGAAGAGCCAGGCAAAGUGAUUCACCCAAUGUGCCCGUCAGAUGGCCUGGUCUUCCCUGGCAACAAUCACUGCUACCAACUGGUGGUAGAGAAGGCCCAGUGGCUGGAGGCCCAACAGCACUGCCAGGUCCAUGGUGAUGGAGAGCUGGCUUUUGUGAGCAGUCCUGAAAUUAAGAGUUUCUUGGUCUCUCAUGUCACCAGGGGCCUUGACGUCUGGAUUGGAUUCAAUGAUUUUGCAAGUGCUGGAGCUCAGCAGAGGGGUGAAGGAUUUAAUCUGGAGAGCUGUCAGAACUGGCUGCCAGGAGAGCCCCAUCCAUCAAACGCUGACCACUGUGUCCGGAUGGGCCCGACGGGCCAGUGUAACACCGACCUGUGCAUGGCCAAGCACAGCUACGUGUGCGAGUACAAGCCAAAAGGAAUUCUCUUGAACGCCGAAAACUUUUACGUGGGUGACCCUGCGUUUGACACCCCCGGGUCUGUGAGAUACGUGACAAGAGAAGCAUUGCUGCCGGCUCCAUUGGACACUGUGGAGAUGAUGGUGUUCCCCAGUUUGGAGUUUCAGCAGGAAGCAUUUUUAACGGCCCUUGAGUUUGUGACUCAAGAACUGCAGCGGUCUAUUCAUGUGAGGUUUCAGGUGCACAGACCAGCACACAGAGAAGGUUACAAGGAGGAAAAAAACGCUACAUAUCCAUUACGCACUUCUCAGGAUAUUGGGAACUGGACACUACUUGAAUGCCCUGCUGGUUUCCAGUGGUGUCACUUGACUAACACAUGUUUGUCGCUAAGCAGUUGCUGCAGCCCAGUGGAAUGUGCCAAUGAUUCCAUCACCAAUAGUACCAACUCCCUUUCUUGGCACAAUGAAAGCCAGCUCAGCUAUGAACUUCUCAAAGAGUUUCUCUUCACUAUACCAGCUAACACCUCUGCUCAGUAUCUGGUGAUGUUUAAAGGUGAAGACACCUUUGUCAGGCCUAAGGAUGUCUUCAGCAUCCAGCAUGAUGCAGCGCCAGGCUUGUUCCUCCAGUGCCGGCCAAGUAUAAUAUCACCUUACAGAAUAAACUACUUAAGCACAAAUUCUUCUGACUGGGUGCCCAGCCUGUCUGCCAACCUCACCGGUGCAAUCUGGAAGAAUGACACCGUGUGCUCUCUCAGGGUUCUCUAUGCCACAGAACAGGUAACGCCACUUAUCAGUCAACACAAUCCCGGGCUGGAGCGUCACGGCCUCUACACCGUUAAAGCCACGGUAGACAAUGGAGUCUUCAGUGCCAACUUGUCUUGCAGUUUCUGGGUCACUUCUCCGGUGUCAGGUCUCCGUGUCAUUUACCCACCUCCUCACAGUGGCAAAGUCUAUGUGCCAACUAACCACUCUUCGCUGGUGGUGAAGAUAUCCUCAGGGGUGAAUGCGACAGCAAGCUGGCUUGGCGAGAACAGGACCUUCCCCUUCGAAGGGGCAUGCCCGCCAGCCAUUGUUCCCCUGACAGCAGACUGCACCAGGGACACCAACGACACCUGGUUCUCAGUGGUCAAGCUGAGUGGCGGUGGGGAAAGCGUGGGCACCAUGCUGCUCAUGGUGGAAAACUCGGUGAGCUCCCAGAACAUCACUGUCAAGGUGAAGGUGGAGGAGCCCAUUAGAGGACUCAGAGCGACCCCUGACCCAGAAACCAGAGUCUUGCUAAACACCCGGGUGAGCUAUGUCCCUGUGAUGGAGGCUGGGUCAGAUGUGACUUUCAGAUGGACGGUAGACGACAAGCCAUCUUUCACUUUUUACAACGUCGUCUUCAACGUUAUCUACCAAAGCCCAGCUGUGUACAAGCUCUCGCUCACCGCGUCCAAUCACGUCAGCAAUGUCACAGUUGAUUACAACGUCACGGUGGAGAAGAUGCAUAGGAUGAAGGACCUGACCGUGUCCGAGAUCCCACUGGUCCUCCCUCAGAACACGACCGUGGAGCUUACCGCCAGAGUACAGAUCGACUCAGCUGUGGACGCUGCCUUCUUGUGGGAUUUUGGAGAUGGUGGUCAUGAAAUGUACCAGUUUAAACCCCCAUAUAAUGAGUCUUUCCUCAUUCCUGAUCCCAGCAUCCAUCAGGUUGUGAUUGAGCACAACGUAUCCUACACCUAUCAAGUACCAGGAGAAUAUACCCUGGUUGUUCUAGUGUCAAACAGUUUUGAGAACCUCACCUACCAGAUCCCGGUUCACAUCCACACUUACCUGACUGACUUGACUGUAGAAGCAGAUGCAGAUGUCCUGGUCGUAGGCCGGCCUGUCACCUUCGAAGCCUAUCCGCUGCCAUCCCCCUAUGGAGUCUGGUACACCUGGGACUUUGGGGAUGGCUCCUCGCUGCUGUUGGAGAGCCAACCUAGAGCGACUCACAGCUAUCAGACCAGAGGGGUGUACAACGUCAGCCUAACCGCCAACAACACGAUUAGCAGCGUCGAGACACACCAGCGUUAUCGCGUUUUUGAAGAGAUCACUGGGUUGAGAGUUUCAUCCGACGAGGUGGCAGAGCAAGGCAUCUCAAUAUCAAUAAAUGCUUCAGUGGAGACAGGAGACAACAUCACCUGGAUAUUUGACAUGGGGGACGGGACCAUACUGAUGAGCACAGUGCCAGCAGUCGAACAUAGGUAUGAAAAGGAUGUCAACUGUUGCACUAUUAAUGUGACAGCUGUGAAUCCUGUGAACUCUGUUUCGCAAACUGUGCCUGUCCGGGUAUUCGUCCUGGAGGUCCUCAAAAUAGAGCCUUCCUCUUGCAUCCUGGAACACCCCAACGUGCAGUUCACCGCGUACGUCUCGGGGAACUCCGAAAACUACAUUUUCGACUGGACCUUUGGAGAUGGCUCAUCCAACGUCACUGUUUAUGGGGACCCCGUGGUGACACACAACUUCACCCACAGCGGAGUCUUCGCUCUCUCCCUGGUUCUCUCAAGCAGUGUUAACAAGGCGCAUUACUUCACCAUCGUCUGUGUGGAGCCGGAGAUUGCCAAUGUCACGCUCCGACCCCCCAAGCAGUUUGUGCGGCUUGGCAAAGAGAGCAACUUCCAGGUCAGUGCCAUGCCUCUGUACCAGUACAGAUACCACUGGGACUUUGGGACCAAUGAUUCCGCUAGGUCCGGAGGGACUGAAGUGAGUUACACUUACAAGAGCACAGGGGUCUACCUGGUCACAGUGACCGUCUCCAACAAUGUCUCGUUCAACAAUGACACGGCUUUUGUGGAAGUCCAAGAACCAGUUGGGGUAGCGAAGAUUGAAUACAACGGGACAAGGGUUUUGGAGCUCAACCAGAUCUAUCUGUUCUCCGCCAGUGGGAAUGGGACCAAAGUGAGCUACCGCUGGGACAUGGGGGAUGGCUGUAACCAGCUUGGACCGAUCGUCACCCACUCUUACAACAAUACUGGCAACUACACUAUCAGCUUGACUGGCUGGAAUGAUGUGAGCCUCUAUGAGACCAGGCUCAACCUCACCGUGAAGAGGCGACUCCAGGGGCUUACCAUCAAUGCCAGCAGGACUAUGGUGCCACUGAAUGGGUCAGUGAGCUUUGUAGCCACUCUCCUAGCCGGCAACGCUAGCCGAUACUCCUGGAUCCUGUGCGAUAGGUGCACACCCAUCCAAGGCUCCUACACCAUUUCCUACACAUUCCGGUCCGUGGGGACUUUUAACGUCAUUGUGACAGCGGAGAACGAGAUCAGCUCCCUGCAGGACAGCAUCUUCGUCUACGUCUUGCAACAGAUCGAAGGACUGCAAAUCGCCAGCAGCGACCUCGUGGAGGAUGCCUAUUUCCCAACCAACAAAACUCUUCAUCUGCAGGCAGCGGUGAGAGAUGGGACAAACAUCUCUUACAGCUGGAUGGCCUUGAAGGACAGCACCCCUGUGCAGACAUUCAGUGGGAAGAUCUUCUCCUUGAGCAUCCUGGAGGCUGGGAACUACACGAUCCAUCUGAAAGCCACUAACAUGCUGGGAAGCACAGCUGUUAACAGGACAGUGGAGUUCAUUGAAAGCAUCGGCCUUUUAAAACCUUCUGCCUUCCCCAACCCGGCUGCCGUAAACGCCUCUGUUAACAUAAGCACCGGCGUAACCACGGGCACUUGCCUAACAUAUAUUUGGCACCUGGAAGAUAGUAACAGGAGAGAAACCAUUGUACCCUUCAUCAUACACUCUUUCCAAAGACCUGGAGCUACAGCGAUCACGGUCACAGCUGAAAACAAGAUUAGUUCCACUAAUGCAUUGGUUUACAUCUUUAUACAGGAACCCGUAGUGGGGCUGAGGAUUGGGACUGCAGAGGUGGACUGCAGCUACGUCCCAUCAGGCUCCGUGGUAACCUUCAGCGGUGAACUCGAAAAGGGGACCAACGUGACAUGGCUGUGGGAGCUGCCAAAAGGCUUGCAGACUGGACAGACUGUGGCGGUGACAUUCCCUAAGGCAGGCUUUUUCUCUGUCCAUCUGAAUGUAUCCAAUGACGUCAGCUGGGCUGUGGCCAGCAAGAAUAUCACAGUGCAGGACAGGAUUGAAGGGCUGGAGCUUUUUGUGAGCAAGAAGGUUGUGGAGCCUGGGGAACAGAUUUCUUUUGUGAUCAGCAUGUCCUCUGGUUCCUCCGUGAGCUAUUCGGUGAACAUAAGUGGGGGCUACUCUGUGGUGCUUAAUGGAUCUAGGUUCACCCAUGAGUUCCCUGAGAGCGGUGACUACCUCGUGGUGGUGAUGGUGCAGAACCAAGUCAGCAAGGCAUGCGCACAGGUGCUUAUCUCAGUACUGGAAGCCAUCCAUGACGUAAGGCUUGUGAACUGCUGCGAGCAGGGUAUCCCAACAGGAACAAAAAAGACCUUCACCGCCCAGGUUGGGAGUGGCUCACGGGUGUUGUACUCCUGGCAGUUCUCCUUGCAGAAAGAGCACGGCCGUGCCCUGGUCAGCUUGGCAGGCAGAAGUGUCUCCUACACUCCAGUGGCUCCAGGGCUGCUAGAAAUUCAUCUCAGUGCUUUCAAUGACCUAGGGAGUUUGAACAUCACCAGAGUGAUCCAAGUGCAAGACCCAAUCGUUCAAGUCUCCCUUAAGCCAGCGUUGUCCUUUGUGAACAGGACGGUGUUGUUUGAAGCUUCCGUGCAGCCCAGCGCAUGGCAAGUUGUUUUCUGGUGGAACUUUGGCGAUGGUUCCCCAUCUCAAAUCACAGAGGUGGCAGCUGCCAACUACUCCUACCUGAAGGCCGGAGAUUACCAGGUGGAGGUGAACGCCACCAACCUUGUCAGUUUCAUGACAGCCCAUCUCACAGUCACCGUCAGAGUCCUGGAGUGCGAGGAGCCAGAGGUGGAGCUAGCCCUGCCGCCACAAGUAGUCAUGAAACGGUCCCAGAGGAACUACCUGGAGGCACAGAUUGACCUCCGUGGCUGUGUCAAGUACCAGACCGAGUAUCUGUGGGAGAUUUACAGAGCACCCAGCUGCCUGCACUUCGAUGACACCGACAGGGUCCACCUGCUGAGCGUUGACCUGAGCAGACCCCAGCUGGUCAUACCCAAGCUGGCCCUGGAAGUAGGGAACUAUUGCUUUGUCUUCUUUGUCUCCUUUGGAGACACCCCACUGUCCAAGAGCAUUUUUGCCAAUGUGACUGUGACGCCGAGUAAGCUGGUCCCAAUCAUCAACGGGGGAUCUUACCGUGUGUGGUCCAACACGCGGGACUUAAUCCUGGACGGUGAGAAAUCCUAUGACCCUAACCUGGACGAUGGUGAACAGACACCACUGCUUUACCGGUGGUCCUGCACAUCUUGCUCCAAGAGCUCGCCUGCAGGGUGCUCUCUGCACUUCAGUGCCACAGGAGGGGUCAUCACCAUUUCCAAGGCCAUACUAGAAGCAGAUGUGGAAUAUACGUUCGACCUCAGUGUCUGGAAGAUGGGUCUGAAUCCCGAGUCUACGAAUCAAACCGUGUUGAUCAAGAAUGGAAGGGUCCCCAUUGUGUCCCUAGAAUGUGUUUCCUGCAAAGCCCAGUCUGUCUACGAAGUCAGCAAGAGCUCCUAUGUCUAUCUGGAGGGCACCUGCAGGAACUGCCAGAAUGACUCCAAGCUUGGGAGAUGGGCAGCGCAUAGCUUUAAAAACAAAUCUCUCAUCUUGGACAAAACCACCACUUCUACUGGCAACACCGGAAUGAACCUGGUCUUACGGCCAGGGGCCUUAAAGGAUGGGGAAGGAUACACCUUUACCCUUCACAUCACUGACCUCACAACUGGGGAGGAAGGUUACGCCUCCAUUGACCUGCUCCCGAACCGGCCCCCGAUUGGAGGAUUGUGUCAGCUCUCUCCGAACGGAGAAGUCAGGGCACUGAUGGCAAAGGUUCACUUUGAGUGUGCAGGCUGGAGAGACACGGAGGACGAAGAGGCCCCCUUGGUGUACAUCCUCCUGGCCACUCGCUGCAAAGUGGGGCAAUGUGAGGAGUUUGGCAUGUACAAAGGCAGCCGCUCUGAGCACAGUGCCUUCCUCCCACCCGGCUUCAGUGCAAACAGAUUCCUUGUGUAUGUUUCCGUGCUCGUGCAGGAUCAGCUGGGAGCUACGUUUGUGGCCCUCAACUGCUCCAUGACCAUCACCCUGCCAGCCCCCGCGGCCGGAGUCCACAGCCUCUCUCACUGGCUCUACAAUCAGACUGACACUGUGCUGCAGGGCUUGGUGAAGCAGGGGGACCCGCAGCACGUCAUCGAGUACUCCCUGGCCCUCAUCACCAUCUUAAAUGAGCACGAGCACUUGAUGCGCUCAGAAGCCGAGACCAGGAACGAACAAGAUCUUCGCACCUGGACGAGGAGGAACAUCACCGAGACCCUCAUCUCCCUGAAUGUGAACACUGUGGACGAUAUCCAGCAGAUCUCCGCUGCCCUUGCUCAAUGCAUGGUGGCGAGCAAGGAGCUUCUUUGCAGAUCAUGUGUGACUGGGACCUUGAGCAAGCUGGAAAGCAUGAUGGCCAUCCUCCAGGGUGAAACCACUCAGGGCAUCAUGACACCGACCGCCAUCGCAGACAACAUCCUCAACAUUACGGGGGACUUAAUACACCUUGUCAACACAGUUCCACAGGAGUCAAAACUCCAGGAAUUGUGCAACGAUCCCCACCAUGUGCUGGUAGCUUCCAAAGCCUACAGCCUGUCCUCCAGCCUGAUGCGCAUCCUCAUGAAGUCCCGGGUGCUGAAUGAGGAGCCCCUUGAACUGGUGGGAGGAGAAAUCGUGGCAAAAGGCAAACGGUCUGAUCCCCUCAACUUGCUCUGCUAUGAGAACACGUUGGACUGCCAGUUCUCCAUCCCCCAGGCCUUCAACACCACCUUCUCCGACCUGACCGACGUGAUCCAAGUCAUGUUCCGGGUGGACUCCAACCCCUUCCCCUUUGGCUACAUUAGCAACUACACUGUGUCCACAGAGGUGGCCUCCAUGGAGUUUCAAACCAACAAUGGGACCCAGAUUCCCAUUGGGAGUCUGGAUGCAGAAAAGGCCAUCACUGUGAUGGUAUUGAACAAUGGCAUGACGAACAUCUCCGCUGGCUCUGCAAUCAUCCAGGGAAAGACUUCGGUGAACCUAGUUGUUACGACAGAAAACAACAACAGAGAAGCAGGCUUGCAUUUCCAGCUCACCUACAGAGUCUUAAAUGAUCGUUACAUCUCGAGCGAGCUGGAGCCGUUCAUCGCAGCCUACCUCUCUCCCUCGCCUGCACCCAGCGAGCACAACUGCAGCGCGGCCAAGAAGAUCGGGCUGGAGGCUGUGGAGAAACGGGACCACAAGCGCUACACUUUCUUCAUUUCCCCCAUCUCUGACGACACCACCAAGGACUAUUACUUCAACAUCACAAACCAUUUCAGCUGGUCGCCGGUGGAGGUGACCCUGAGUCUGUACACCUCCUUGUGCCAGUACUUCAGUGAGCAGGAGAUGAGGUGGAAGACGGAAGGCAUCAUCCCAUUGGAGGAGACCAGCCCGAAUCAGGCUGUGUGCUUAACCCAACACCUGACAGCCUUCGGAGCCAGCCUGUUUGUUCCCCCAAACUCCGUCCAAUUCAUAUUUCCUGCUCCUGGCCCAGGUCUCAACUACAUUGUUUUGCUGACCUGUGCCGUCUGCUUUGUGACAUACUCUGUGGCCAUGCUGAUUGUGCACAAACUGGACCUGAUUGACAUUAACCGAGUGGGGGUGAUUCCAUUCUGCGGGAAGAACGGGAUGUAUAAAUAUGAGAUCCUGGUGAAAACCGGCUGGGGCCGAGGAUCAGGUACCACCGCCCACGUGGGGAUCACCCUGUAUGGCAUGGAUAAUAAAAGCGGUCACAGGCAUCUGGAUGGGGAGAACGCUUUCCACCGCAACAGCCUUGAUGUUUUUCAGAUUGCGACGGAGCAAAGCCUGGGCAGCAUCUGGAAAAUCCACAUCUGGCAUGACAAUAAAGGGCUCAGCCCUUCUUGGUACCUGCAGCACGUCAUAGUCCGAGACCUGCAGACCAGCAAGAGCGACUUCUUCCUGGUGAAUGACUGGCUGUCCGUGGAGAGCGAGGAGAAUGACGGCAUGGUGGAGAAGGAGGUCUAUGCCGCCAGCGAGAUGGAAUUGAGGAGCUUCCCUCGGAUCUUCGUGGCUGAGCUGCAGCGGGGUUUCUUCGAGAAGCACAUCUGGCUUUCCAUGUGGGACCGGCCCCCACGCAGCCGCUUCACUCGGGUGCAGAGAGCCACCUGCUGCUCCGCCCUCAUCUUCCUCUUCCUCUGCGCCAAUGCCGUGUGGUACGGCGUGGUGGGAGACGUCAGUCUCAGUAACGUGGCUGUUUCCAACCUGAUCCCACUUAGCGUUGACACUGUGGCUGUUGGUUUGGUGUCUAGUGUUGUGGUCUAUCCAGUGUACCUGGUCAUUUUAUUCCUCUUCAGGAUGGCUCGUAGCAAGGCGUCCAUCAGCCACACCCUGACCCACUCGGACCAGCAGUCCUUGGAGAUCGAUAAUUACCUGGACUCCUCCCUCCUGGAGAGCUCCUUCCUCACCUUCCCCGGGAUCCGGGCCGAGGCCUUUUCCGAGCAAACCAAAACCGAUUUGUUCCUAGACGAUUCAAAGAGUCUGAUUCGGUGGCACUCCAGCGAGGCCCUGCUCAACUGGCCAGAUCUCCUCAGCGACCCCUCCAUCAUGGGCAACACCAUCCAGAAGCUGAAGCGGGGACGGGCCAGCCGCCAUCUGGGGCUCGAGGUGCCCCUGCCGGCUGAGGAGGACAGCUUGUCGCUUGGCCUGCACCCAGGGCAGACCAAAUACUUCUCUGCCUCAGAUGAAGAUCUGAUCCGGCAGAUCCUUGCCGAUGGAGCUAGUGGCAUUUCCCACCCCCAGGAUACGGGGCAGUAUGCCAGAGCCGAAACGGACUUGAUCUCAGGCCUAUCCAGCGUGUUUGGGGAGAAGACAGAGACCAUCAUGCUGCAGCGGCUGAAUGAGAAAGGGCAGAACAUGGUAGCCCCUGCCAGGGAAGUGAGCAGAUCUGCCAAGUCUACAUGGACAGUUGUGGACCACACGUUCAGGAAGCGCCUGCUGCCACACUGGUACUCAUACCUAGCUCACGCCAUGAGCCUCCUCCUCUUUGCCACCUCCAUUGGGGUCUCCGUGUGGAUCGGAGUGGGCUUCACCUCCAGUGUUGCCCUCAUGUGGCUCAUCUCAGGGAUAUUCAGCUUCCUGGCAUCCUUCUUGGUCUGGGAACCUCUGAAGGUUCUGCUGGAAGCCCUUUAUUUCGCACUGGUUGCAAAGCGCCUGUACCCGGAGGAAGACGACACACUGGUGGAGUUUCCAUUUGUCGAGCACGUUUCCGAGAAGAUCAACAAAGUCCGACCUCCUCAGGGAUUUGCCCUUUUCCAGGCCAAGGAGGAGGCCAGGAAGGUCAAACUGCUUCACAAGAUGCUAAAGAGCUUCCUCAUCUAUAUGUUGUUCUUGCUGGUGACAUUGCUCACCAACUAUGGCGACGCCUCCCGCAACGGCAGGGCCUUCCUCUUGCAAAGCUCCCUCAAGCAGCAGCUCGGUGGCGAGGAAUUCCUCCGCGUCAAGAGAUCCGAUGAGUUUUGGGCGUGGAUGUCACAGGUCUUGUUGCCCUCUCUCUACAAUAACCAGUCGGGGCAAGAGAGUUACAGCACCAUGCUGGGAGUGCCACGGCUGCGUCAGGUCCGCCUGCAGGAAGCAGAAUGCCCGGAUACCAUCCAUGAUUUCUUUAGUGGGACGGAUGCAUCUGUCGCUGCGAAGAAAUGCACGUACGAGUCUAACGGCUUUAAUACUGCCGAUUAUGCUGUUGGCUGGAAGAGGGUAUCUGUAAAUUUGACACAGCCGUGGUCCUACUCGCCGCCUGACCUAGCAGGAAUCUGGUACUGGGGCUACGUCUCCAUGUAUGACAGCGGAGGUUACAUCCAGGAGCUAGGAGCCACGCUGGAAGAGAGCAGAGCGCAAGUGGACUAUCUUCAACAAAACAACUGGAUCAACAACCUGAGCAGAGCGGUCUUUGUGGAGCUGACGCAGUACAACCCCAGCGUGGACCUGCAUGCCGCCGUCACCCUGCGCCUGGAGUUCCCCAUGGCGGGGCGAGCAGUGGCCGCCAUCGCAGUUGGGCCCUUCCCCCUGCUGCGUCUCAGUGGGGGAGUCACGCUGCAGCUUGUCAUGAUGGUCUUCCUCAUGGUGUUUGUGGUCUAUUUUGUGGUCUCCGAGUCCCUCUUCAUCAAGAAGGAAGGCAGGGCCUACUUCGCCGUAUUUGGGAGCUACAGCCAAUGGCUGCUCAUCCUUCUGACCACCUGCACCGUGGUGGUGCACUUAAGCCAAGCCACCAUUGCUGACCAGCAGUGGGCAAACUAUCUGAAGAACCGCAAGGGCUUCACCAGCUUUUACCAGGUGGCCUUCCUCAACUCAGUCUUCAACAGCCUGGCUGCCUCCCUUCUCUUCCUGCUGACUGUGAAGGCUGCCCAACAGCUGCGCUUUGUCCGGCAAUGGUCUGUGUUCGGCAAAACCCUGCAGAAGUCCACGAAGGAGCUGGCUGCUGCCGGGCUGGCCUUCGCGCUGCUCGUCCUUGCUUAUACCCAGCUUGGCUUCCUGCUUUUCUCCUCCUGCUCGGAAUCCUUCCGCAGCUUCAGCAGCAGCCUCCUGCUCCUCUUGGCUGUGGUCCGCGGCAGCGUGAACCUCCGGCUCUGCCUGCCCGAGCCCUCGGGGCUGUACUACCUGUUCUGCGCCAGCUACAUCGUGCUGGAGAUGUGGAUCGUGCUGAGGCUGUUUGCCGCGGUGCUUGUCCACCGCUACCGGGAGAUGAAUUUCGAGCUGUACCGCCCGGCCUUCGAGCCCCAGGACUAUGAGAUGGUGGAGCUCUUCGUCCGCAGGCUGAAGCUCUGGAUGGGCUUCAGCAAAGUCAAGGAAUUUCGGCACAAGGUGAGGUUCGAAGGGAUGGAGCCAUUACCAUCCCGGUCCUCCAGUGACAAAUCCUUCCGGGGUCCCACCCCCAGCGCAGCCUCUGACAGCUCCAGGGCCUCCACCUCUUCGAGCCAGCUGGACGGGCUCAGCCUGGUGCUGAGCACCAGAGAGAGCUCAGAGAUGGAUGCUGAUGUCCAGCGGCUCCUCUCCCUCUUCGAGAUGCUGCUGGCCCAGUUUGACCGAGUGAACCAGGUGACGGAGGACGUCUACCGCAUGGAGCAGCAGCUGGAGGACUCGCAGAGCAGGAGGACCAGGAUGAAGUACAUCCAGAUGACUGAGGACCUGCUGAGUCGGUACCACCUGGGGAGCACAGAUCAGGGGAGACAGGGACUUUAUCCUGAGAACUUUUCCGACGCCGACCUGCAUCCUCCCGGAGACCCUCUGUUGCCCUCCCAUCCCACCAGCGCCCUGGGUGCCCUACAGAGCAGCACGGGCUGUGCGCCCAGCCGGAUAGUCCGGGCCAGUAGGGGCCUCAGCAUGGCUUCUUCUCUGCUCUCCCCGCACAAGACGUAUGCCACCACGGCGCCAGUGGUCAGGAAGAAAAAGCCACUGCGGGCAAAGAACAAGGUCCACCCCAGCAUCAAGUAACUGGAGACCAUGUGCAGCGUCUCUGGGAAAAUACCUCACUGUCCCUCCCCUGGGAAGGCAGAGAGAGCCUCGUAACGUGGCCCGGGAAGGUUCCACCGCAACUCGGAGUCAGAAACGGAAGUUGCAGGGAACCGGCGUGGAAAGCUGACGCACUCACGCCACACCAAGGACUGGGGAGCCACUGUGCCCUCCCGGGCUCUUGGCCAGCUUAGAUGCUAGCAGUAUCACUGCCGCUUCGGGACACGCGGCUAAGAACACAGGUGUUGCCUUGAGCCUCCCAAGUGCCUAAUGAAGAUGGACACAGCCACUGUGUGUUGUACAUACUGGCAGCUUCUAUUACCAAGGUGCCUCAGUUUCCUGUUUACUUUAGCGAUGGUUUCACAGCUUUUUGGUGUCGUUGGAGACUGUUUGGCCCUUCAGUCCAGGACAACCUGAGAGACUCAGCUUCACCAAGAAGGCCAGAUGAGAGAAGCCGCAGGGGUCUCACCUAAUAUUUAGCGUUGGCAGCAAGAGGGCAAGCAACAUUAAUCAGGGCAAUAUUAAAAAGAAGUGUCUCUCUUUUUAAGUGACCCUAGCUUCAAACAAAAUGAACAGAUUCCAAAAGCAGAGGCCUGUUAUUGUUAAGUUGUUUUAUCAAGAACUGCUGCGAAGUAAAGUGAAUGGUGCAAGGAGCAACUCAAGACGGAUUUCCCGUGCUCAGCUGGCUGCGCCAAAAUGGGAAGAGAGGAGCUGAAAUUGCGAGUAGUUAAGGUUUAACAGACUUUUGGAUUCACAGACUAGUCACACUGUGGAGGAAAACGACAGGUUUCAGGGGAAUAUUUAAUUCAAUAUUUGUAUUGGCAUGAAUAUAGAGUGACAGUAUCUGCACCCAGAUCAGUUAGUUUUCAGUAUUGGCUAGUGUUAUCCUCCAGCAUUUGGUACUAUUAUUUGUAUUUAAAGAAAUUCAAUAUUUAAAAAAUAUGAAUGACCAUGAAAUCCACAUUAAGCCACCACUUCCAAUGAUCAGCCAGUCUUAGGACAUGGCAAUUAGUGACAGCUCAACCAAAAAGGUACUGGAGACCUAGGGGGGGGAGGGUUCUUUUAAUUGGUCACUUAAAAGAGGGGGCUGCCGGCAUGCUGGCUCCAUUCCGGCCCAGCUCCCCUUUAGCUACUGAUCUUCCCCCAGCCAGUGGAUUGAAUGGGUAAGUAUGGUGCGUUGGUUGCUUGGUUUUUAUAGUUGAAGGAAUGUAUUGACAUAUGUAAUUUUUUUUUUUGGUUUACUUUUUUGUAUGUACUGCCGAGCACUUUAACAAUGCUUUCCUUGGCUAACAAUGACACAUGCGACCUUUUUAACAAGAAUGGAAUAAUAUAUCACGAAAGCAGUAUUUUUGUGUAAAAAAAAAUCAUAAACGGAAAUGAGCAAACGGUAAUGUGAACGCACUUCCCCAGUGAACCAUCCCCAGCAGCAGCCCUGCCUCAGGGGCUGGGUGCCAGCCAAUGACACUCAAACCUACUCACCAGCACUCUUAGGAGCUUCCAAAGAGGAACAACAAAUGCAUUAAAAAAAUUAACGCACUAGGUGACGCAGGGAAUAAGCCACCUGCCAGCAGAGGCAGGUGGUGAGAGACAGGGGCAGAUGGUUCUUAAUUUGCUUCUGUCUGGGACAGGAAGAUGUAUCCGCUCCUACUCCAACCUGCUUCCACUCCCGACUUCGCUGUAAUCCACAGUAUAUCGAGCUACAGCUGUGCUAUGCUUGAUAUGCCAUGGCAGGUACUUGUCCAGCACUCCCUUUUAGACAAUUGGUGUGGGUAACAAUCAAUCAAAUGCACCUAUUCUGGGCAGCCACAGCCUAUGUAAAUUAUUUCCCACUAUGGUAAGUGGUGCUACCAAUAGCAAAACCUCCCUGGCAGCUAGUGCCCGUGGAAACCCCCUGGCCAGCCCGUGUUCACCUCACCCUUGUCAUUCCGCGUUAUGUAUAUUGUAAGUAAUUUAUACGGGGUUUUGAAAUGUAUAUAUUUGCUAUAUUUUCAUAGCAUCGGUACCAUGUUUGACACAUGUAGAUAGGAGACAGAACACUGUUGUCAGAGUUAUUUAAAGGAUGUAUUAAGUGCUUCUUUCUGGGAAUGUUCAUUGUAUAUAAAGUAUUAGGUGUCAGAGUGCGUGUGGCGUGCGUGCUCUUGUGCCAGAUGAGGUGUGGGCCGGGCUGGCGCUACGGCAGUCCCAACCCAUGGAGCCGAGAGUGACAGCGGGAUCUUUCGCGAUGCACUGUGUUGUUCCCCACUCUGGCUUGCUCAGUGCUUUUGAAAGGUAACAUUGUUCUAUGGAGCUCUUCGAAACCAAAGGCCAAUGUUUGCAGGGGCCAUUGUUCAUGGUACAGCAUCUCCUGUUAGACUCCAUCUAGCCUCCAUUGCUUCCGCUCUUGGAAGACACUUGGCUUGUAACAGAGCUCUCCUUUCCAAGCAUUGCAACUAUCUAAUCCAGAGGAGGAGAGAGCCCUAAGCGGAAAAGUCUGUGCUCCUUUCUAGCUAAGUAACUUUAUAAAGGCUAGAGAUAGGGUUUCCCCAAAGACACUUCCAUUGGAGUUAGUUCUUCUGACCUUUUUGCUGCUUGUUCUCACUCUCCAGCUCCUGAUGCCUUUCUCCUGCUGUGUGCAUGAGAUGGUUUGCACACAGCGUUGUAUUCCAACAAUCCCCAGAUUGUAUCCAUCUUGAUUUUCCUUGUGCUGCACUCCCCAUCUGCUUCCCUCUCUGUGGAGACUUGAGCAGCACGCAUGGGGUUUCUUGGCCAUCGGGUUUACAUCCAUGGAAGUUAUUGUACUUUUGUACUAGUUGCGCGGAGGACAGAAUUAGACAAGAUGUUGCAGAGGGCGUGGGGGAGGGAUUAGCGUGAUGUACAAAGAAAGUUCUCUUUACAACGGCAAGGUGGCUUGGUGGUGAUAGGAAGGGCAUGAAAGAACAGAAAGCCGGGGGUAAGUAGAGUACAGAUGGAAGGAAAUGGAAGCAGGAACCACAGGCACUCUUCACAUAGGUGAUGGAACAGCUGUGGUUGGGGCAAACAUUAAGUGUUUGGAAUUUUGGAAGUGGCAUCUGGAGUGGGAGGAUAAGAGUUGGAAAACGGCAGGUGGACGUUAAUGGUACUCAUCCCUUAGCUGCAGGUACUAAAGUCAGUCAGGAAAACAGUGCCAACAAAAUCACCACCACUACUGUUCCAGGAUAGUUCAGCUACAAGAACUGAACCCAGAACCAGGGGCAGGUUUUGCUAUUGAGUUUACAGCAAUUAACCCUUCUAUGUUCUAGACAAAAAUGGUUUAAUAUUCCUAUUACUGCAAUCCAUCUGCCCUUGGACCUUUUUUUUUGGGGUGAGGGGGAGAGGCACAUUCAGACUAUUUAACCAUGGCUUUUUAACAACCCCAGUUCCCUCUACUUUUUACAAGCAGCAUGGCCACCGUUUAAGUACUCACCACAAAGUCUCCGCUAGAUUCCCAAUGCCCGACUUUGGAGACAAAGCAGCAUUAGAGGAGAGGUGUAUCAUAUAAACACAGAAGUGCCUUAGUGCCAUCUGGACAAUCACUUGAUUUUCCCCAUGCUUGGGAAAAAAAUGAAGCAGACAGGCUCCUCUAUCAAAUUAGAAGGGAAGGGGUGUGUGAUUUAACUGACAGUAACCAGGACUCAGCCCUUCUAGGCCUACAGUAUGUGCUGUGUGACCUUGCACAAAGUCACAAUUUCCAGGAGGCCUUUUCCCUAGCGGUACCAUAGGUAUUACUUGUUCAUCUCACUGCAGGGACGGGGAGGCUGAGAGACAGAACCAAUGCUUUGGGCUCAGUACAGAGGUAACUGGAUGAAAUCCUCUGGCCUGUGUAACGCAGGUAAGCCUAAGUCUAAUGGUCCCUCUUCUGCCUUUAAUUGAUGACUCUUUCAAGGGAGUCUUGGAGGUUCUUGGAGAAAAGGUUUGAGAAUUAAGUGGUGUGAAAGGACUGGAGGUAAAGGCAAACUUCUAACAGUAUUAC